AGUGUAGUGUAGGGGUAUAGUGUAGAGGUAUAGAAAUGUAGUGUAGAAGUAUAAUGUAGGGGUGUAGAGGUAGAGGCAUCAGUGUUUUGUGUAUUGCGAGUGCCUCCACAGAGUUGUGUGUGAGGGAUUCUAUAAUGUCUUUGUAUGUUCUCCCCUCCUCCUCCACCUCUUGCUGUUCCCAAAUGGACACAAAUACAGGAGCUGAGUGAAAGGAAGACAGAACAUGGCUUGUUGCGAGAGGCAGAACACUGAGCUUCUUAUUCCAUGCGGUUUAUAAACGUAACCCAAGAUUUUUUCCCCUCUGCUAUUUCAAAUCAACAAGGUUUGUGUAAUUUCCCCCGCCUCCUCCCUCCCUUCUCGCAAAUAUGGAGAUUGUAUAUAGAGAGAGGGGUUUGUGUAGUACGGGUGAGGGGUAUAUAUAUAUAUAUAUCUUGCUCGCUGAAGCAGCAGAAAGCCUGGCUUUGUUAUGGCUGCCAACGGGAGGAGGGUGACAGGAUUUGGAAAAUAUUAUUCUUUUGCAAAUUGCCUUUCACUCUGUUUGAAUGGGGGUCACUGUUUCUUUAAGCAAGCCGCGCCCCUUUGACAGAUGUGAGCGUGGUUACUGCUGUGGCCCCGCCCCGCCUGGCGAUCCCUUCGCUAAGAAGUCGGUAGCGCGCGUUGUGUCAGCAGUGGCCGGGGUUGCAAGCGGCGAGUAGGACGCACACCCCCUCCAGUCGGCCAGGGCGGGGAUUCGCCUUGCUUAACCCACUGUGCCCUUUGUGUUCUCGCUGUUGCUGUGUCUGUCAGUCUCGCAGACGCUUCGCAGCCUCGCAUUGUCUGGCAGCCGGAGAAAGGGGGAGCGCUGCUGCACUUGUGCUGAACAUCAUCUCACACACAUAGGAGAGCCGCGGCGCGAAUAGACAUUGGAGAAGCAGCUGGGUGACGGCCAGGGAGACGGACGGGCAGAGGACAAGCUGGAGCUGCCAUGAGAGAAUAGGCUGCCUCUCUCAUAUGAGUCCGUGUGUGUGUGGUAACAGCGCUUAAGGGAUCACAGGAAGAUACCAAUGAAGACUUAGGGGGGUUUGGCCUCCCCCAAAAAGAAACAGCUCUAUUGUUAUUAUUCUUAUUAUUGGCGUGAAUGGUGCAGCCACUUGCCUUUCCUCACACACACUCCAGCCCAGUGGAAAUGGAAAGACUUCCAUAAGGGAAUAAGUGAAAUUUGUAUCCUCUGUGACCCUGUUGUGAGGAAAGCUGAUCCCACAGGCGCUCUCCUGGAAUGCAUUGUGCCCUGCUCCGAGCAGACAGCUGGAUAUAAAGUUGUGUGUCCAUAUCCACUCGCCCCCCUCCUGUGCUCGCUUACAGUUGUCUCCCGCACGCCUGUGACCAGCUUCCACCGUCCCUCACCAUGUUCCCUCUCCCUUCGCUCUUCACUUGUGCUUUUGUGUGGCGGCUGCUGGCCGUAGCUUCGACGCUGGAGAUGGGGCUGUACGACGUGGAGAGAGGGAGAGAAGUCAAGUGUGAGCCUAUACGGAUUCCCAUGUGCCAGGGUAUCGGCUACAACAUGACCAGAAUGCCCAACUAUGUGGGUCACGAGUCUCAAGAAGAAGCCGCAGCAAAGCUUCAGGAGUUUGCCCCUCUGGUAGAGUAUGGCUGUCAUAUGCACCUCAGAUUUUUCCUUUGCUCUCUUUAUGCUCCUAUGUGUACUGAGCAGGUGUCCACCUCAAUCCCAGCCUGCAAGCCCAUGUGUGAGGCAGCGCGGCAAAAGUGUGCCCCCAUCAUGGAAAGCUUCCAGUAUGUAUGGCCGGAAACCCUGGACUGUAACCGUCUUCCAAGCAAAAAUGACCCUCAUGCACUGUGCAUGGAAGCUCCUGAGAACGCCACAAAUGGGGACAAUCCAACCAAUGGCCAUGGCAUGUUGCCUGUGGCUCCGCGACCUCCGCGUCCAUCAGGGGCUGGGAUAGGUAUUUCAAGCCGCUGUGCAAACCCUGACAAGUUCAUGUAUGUGGAGAGAAGUGGUGUAUGUGCUCCAAGAUGCACCCCCGGGGUGGAUGUAUAUUGGUCCUCAGGGGACAAGGACUUUGCCCUGGUAUGGAUGGCGGCCUGGUCAGGUCUAUGCUUCAUUUCCACUGCUUUUACCGUUUUUACUUUCCUCCUACAUCCCCAGCGUUUCCAGUAUCCAGAGAAGCCCAUAAUAUUUCUUAGCAUGUGCUAUAAUGUUUACUCGACUGCAUUCCUUAUUCGUGCUGCUGCUGGGGCGCCUAGCAUAGCUUGUGAUCGGGAAGGAGGUGCCCCGUACCUUAUCCGAGAGGGUCUGGAGAGCAGUGGUUGCACACUUGUCUUUCUCAUACUGUAUUACUUUGGUAUGGCCAGCUCACUCUGGUGGGUAGUGCUUACUCUCACAUGGUUUCUGGCUGCUAGCAAGAAGUGGGGCCAUGAAGCCAUCGAGUCCCAUGGUAGUUAUUUCCACCUAGCCGCCUGGGGGAUACCUGCUAUUAAAACCAUUAUCAUCCUAACUAUGCGUAAAGUGGGUGGCGAUGAACUGACAGGUCUCUGCUAUGUUGGCGGGUCAGAUCCAAGUGCCCUGACUGGCUUUGUGCUGGUGCCCCUCUCUUGCUAUUUGGUGACUGGCACCUCAUUUCUCCUGACUGGAUUUGUUGCCCUUUUCCACAUUCGGAGAGUGAUGAAAACAGGAGGUACCAACACAGAAAAGCUGGAAAAGCUAAUGGUUAAAAUUGGAGUAUUCUCCAUUCUGUACACGGUUCCAGCUACAUGCAUCAUCGUCUGCUGUUUUUAUGAGCGUCUGAAUUUGUCUCACUGGGAUUCGAGGGCACGGGAAGAGUCGUGUAGGACAGUGCCCGGUAGUGCCAGGCCAGACUGUAACUUGCCCCACUCCAUACCCAGUGUAGCAGUGUUUAUGCUGAAGAUAUUUAUGUCACUUGCUGUGGGUAUCACCAGUGGGGUAUGGGUAUGGAGCUCCAAGACACUGCAGGCCUGGCAAGGAAUUCUGUGCCAGCGCCGCCUUGUGGAAGUGGGAGCUAGGACUCGAGGGAAACCCCAGGUAGGGUUAGGUGUCCCCUGUAGUUUGGGGAGCUGCCCUUACAAGCCUCCACCUCUAACCAUCCAGGUCGCAAAGACUGACCCCUUCAUGGACAGUCCAACACAUGUGUGAUGCACAGGAACAUGAUCUAUUGCAACUGGGAAAUGCAUUUGUCAUUGCAGGAUGUGGAAAAAUUUUGCUCAUUGACACAGAGUGGACUGUGCUUGUUUUGCCAAUGGGAUGAUUCAUUAGCAGGGAAGGGAUAGAUACUGGGGUACUGUGCUGCAACUCAAUGAAACCAUGGAUUUACUGAGUGCAUCACCUAGCAGGAGCUGCGUAAGCAGAAGCAUGACCUGUACGUUGAGAUCCUAAACAGUGUUCAAGGGAAAGAUGCUUCUUUAAGUCUCACAAACUGAGAUCUGUUGUAAAAGGUUCAAGAAAAGUAAUUUGAAGUGUCUAAACUAAACUAUUGCUCUAGGGUGCUUUCAUGUGCACAUUUAGCCUUUGUGCAGCUGUUUCGGGGGUGUUGCUCCUAUUCAAAAAUGCAUGUUACAUCCAUAGCAGCAUCAAUUACAGAGCUUGGCACCAAAAUCACUUUUCCAGUCUCCUUGGACCUUACAAAAUAACUGUGUUUAGCUCUGCAGCUCUCUGGAUAGAGGGGGGUCAUAACGUGUUGUGCUCGCUUCUAUAAACAGGACUGUCCUUGCUGCUGACAGGCAAGUAAUGUGAAAUGUAUAAUCACUAUCAUAUCUGCUUACUUACUGUUACUGGGAUAUAUCUUUAAACCUACUAAAAAGAAAGGUUAUACUAGCAUUGUGUCCCGUGGACAUAGCAGGGUCUAAAAAUAAUCUAUUAACCUCACAGCUGUGCACUCUAAAAGUUUUAUUCGUUGUAUAUUUUGGUCAUCAAAAAGGUAUUAACAGGAUUUGGAUCUCCUGUAUAAGUGUAGGUCUUGUCCCACUUGGGCACCAUAUUAAAUUACACCUCACUAGAACUGGAUCAGAUUUAAUCCUGGUCCUUAUCACAAAUGCACUCGGAGGGUUCUUCAGUGAGCAGAGUUCAGAUUGACAUAGUCUGGCGGGAUAGGGUACAGUGACCCAUGGGCAGAAGUGGGCAUAGACCUGUUCAGAUUCAUAGAGACCUAUUGUAUAUGUUUAUCUGGCAUCAGAUAUCAUCACUAACUUGUCUAAUGCCCAAGUGGAGCUUCAGGCCACCUUAAAUUAAAGAAUGUUCAGGGUUUGAUUUCCUUCUUUCACCUGGGAAAACCAUGCCAUGCUAGUGCUCUGUGAGAUUUCAACAGGCAUGAGGAUAAUACAGUGCACCCGAAUUACAGUCCCCAUUAUGCCAAAUCCCCCAGUGUACUUCUGAGUAUGAUUGGAACCGUGUCUUAAAACAACUGAAGGUAAUCACUGCCAACUGUCGCCUGUAUCGAUGUGUCAUAUCUUUUAAGAAUGUUGGAUAAACCGAACACCUCAGCCAUUUAGAUGGUGACACAUAAAGAUGCUCAGUGCAGCCGGCAGCUCCUAUAUUAUAUACAGUAUGUAUCUAUAGAGGAAGGGCUUAAGCUGUAUACUCUCAACUGCUCAGAGCUGCUUUAAUGGACCAUAGCAGUAUUUUUAUUUUGACAAUAUUCAGGCCCUCCAUCUGCCCCCAACAGCCAUCACCAAUCCAGUAAUUGUAGUUCCGCUGCAGCUUAAAGGUCAUUAAAUCCCCAUCAGAGAAUGUUCCAUAGUGGCCCUUCUGUCUUCUUUAAAAUAAGAGCCACUUGUAUGUUUGCAGCUAGACACAAACAAUAGCCCUUAACUGUGCGUCACUAGCAGAGCAGGAAGAAAGGAAGAAGUGUGUCUGUAGUUAGAAAGUGUCUGAGCCCAUAGUGAAAUAAUUAAGUGUAUUUGCCAGUGGCCCUGUAAAUUGUGGUGGGAAUGGAUAAACACUGAAACCAGGAAUGUACAAAACGCCAUUGAUGACGGCAUAGAACAGGCCUAAUUCUUGCUAAGUGCUGUGACUCCAAAAAAUUGCAUUAGAGAUUUCUGACAUCAUUUUCCAAAUAUGUUCAUUUAUUGGGAAAAUAUAUUCUCACCGAACACAAUCUCCUACUCCGACUUGUAUAUUUCAUUAGAAUGCCUAUUUAUAAAGCUGUGUAAGAGAUUUAAUUCCAAUAGAAUACUUACACAGCCUUAUACAUAUGUAUUCUUUUACAUUGCUUUAAAUUAUCAGCCAAAAGUGGGCACUCCAUUUAAUAAGAUUACAUGCCUGGGUGCAGGAGAUUAUAAAACAUCAUAUUAAACCACGUCGGUUCGAUAAAUGUAUUUUUUCGAUCCUCACUAAAGACUUGUGAGUGCUGUGCAAUAUGAUGUUUUAUAUAUAUCCAAACAUAUGUAAAUGAGGGUUACGGUAGGGUAAAAGAUUUUUUUUUACUUCCUUGUUUGCUUGAUGAAAAGUCACAUGAUUUAAAGCAGCAGUGUAACUAAAUAUUACUGGGUUCCACAGACAAUAAUUUUUCAGGCCCCCAAAAUGUCUAGAGGUUGCCAUUUUUACCAAUAUUUACUGCAGUUGUAUAUGAAUUAUGGCCUCAUGGGACUCCUCUGUCUCCUGGGCUCCAAGGUCUGCUCCUCUGUAGUUACGCCCCUUAUUUUAAUGAUUCGGAUUCAGUUCGCCAGGCACGUGGAUUUGCCAGAGUCCUGCCGAAAAAAGGCAGAAUCUUGGCCAAAUACCGAACUGAAUCCUGGAUUCAGUGCAUCCUUAAUUUAAAUACACAUGCCUCAAUAUUCACCAGCUUGUGGUGUGGCUAAUGUUAGCAAGUCAACGACUUAAAACCGUAUGAAAGUUUUAUUUACUUAUUUAAGUCUCACAAACUUAUAUUUUACAGGUGUGGGUCAGAAAGAAAGAUCCUGACCCCAGGACUAUAGGAAGUCAGCACCUCACUCCUGUUAAUAUACAAUCUGCUAAAAAAAAACCCUAGCAUAGCUCUUGCUGGCCAUUAGCAGCUCAGAACAGAAGCAGAGAGCCGCAGUGUAUGGUGCUAUUUAGUGUGAGACGGCCACACAUUAAUCAGUAAUAAGACCAUAAAAGUAAGUCCAGAUGUUUAAACAUCAUCUUUAUUUUCGGCUCCUAUAUAGAGAAUAGGCUCCUUGUGCUCAGACUUGCACAGCUCUACAUUAAUGUAUUGCCCAAUGCUCCCUCUGUAAAGGGACAUGUUGCCUCGUAUAUAAAUAUAAGCUUGCCUUUAAAGGGAAAGCUCUGUCUGUGCCUGGGGAUCGGCACUGCCUUGUAUAAUGUGUGUUUUCAUAUGAAGCCUCUAAUUAAAGUAGAAAGAGGCAGUAUUGUGAGAAACAUACAUUAGUCACUAAGCCACAGGGAACAACAUUUACACUGUCAGCAGCCCUCCUUAUUCCUUUGAUUAAUAACAAGCAUUUUAAUGGAGAUUUGCAGCAAUUAUUCUCAUUUGUACUACUAGAAAUUAGAGCUGAUUAAGAGGCACAGUAUCUCCUGUAUGUAUAACAUAAUGCUUUUUUUCCUCACCCAAUGCUGAUCCCCUAAAAGAACCACAAUAAUAAUACACAAGAAGAACAUUGUUUGCCAUUUAGUUAUAUAUAUAUAUUUUUAUAUAUAUAUAUAUAUAUAUAUAUAUAUAUAUAUAUAUAUAUAUAUAUAUAUAUAUAUAUAUAUAUAUAUAUAUAUAUAUAAGCUGCAUUUUGGGAUGCUCUGAGCCAUGGGGGCAUAUUUACUGGAGACUGAAUUGAAGUAAACACCAUAAGGUUUUUUUUUAUUAGUGAGAAAACGAAGGAUGCACCGAAUCCACUAUUUUGCAUUCAGCCGAACCCCCGA